AUGUCAUUCCCAGGCAAAGCUCCAGUUAGCAAGGAUAAAACACAUGCAAUCCACAAGCAGAGAGGAAUCCUUGAGUGGGUGGAGACUGGUUUCUCAACUCAAUGGAGCUUUGAGAACUUCAUCCAGCAUCGAUCGAUGAGACGGGCGCGGGAUGUUCGUGAUCAGCUCCAGGGACUCAUGGGGAGAGUUGAGAUGGAGAUUGUGAGCUGUGGUAUGGAUAGUGUUGUUAUUAGAAAGGCUGUAACUGCUGGUUUCUUCUACCAUACUGCACGCUUCAGUAAGGGAGGUAACUACAAGACAGUCAAGCACCAGCAGACAGUCAUGGUUCAUCCCAAUAGCGGUCUGUUUGAAGAACAACCAAGAUGGCUCAUCUACCAUAAACUUGUCUUUACAACCAAGGAGUUCAUGAGACAGGUGAUAGAGAUAGAGAACGGUUGGUUGCUAGAGGCUGCUCCACACUACUACAAGGCCAAGGAACUGGAGGACGCAUCAAGCAAGAAGAUGCCGAAGGGUGUAGACAAGUCGGCCGGUAGCGUUGAGAUGGGACUCACUUGGAACAAACUAUAA